UAUCAGGAGGAAGUGAAGCUCAGACGAAGCGACUGGCUCACCGGAGGGAAAAAAACGAAAAAAAAAAAAAAGAGAGAGCGAGAGCCAGAGAAAAAAAAAGAGGAGGAGGGGGGGAAACUUCACUGAUUCACUGGAAUUUGGACAGAUUUGGAAACUGUGUCCAAACUAUCCCGGCCUGCUGGAGCUUCGCGGAGGAAAGCGGAGUCGUCAGCUCCGAAAUGAUGGAAGACUCUCAUUUUAAUUCAUCAUAUUUCUGGUCCCCAGUCCCGACUAUGCCCGGACAGAUUGAGAAUGCCAUGUUCCUAAACAAAGUAAAAGAGCAACAGGAAAAAAGCGCUUCCUUCUCUGCUUCCUCUGCAUCUCACUACCAGACGACUCUUCUCACCAUCCCCACGCCUGGGGUCAAGACAGAUGGAGGAGGCCAGGCUGGUAGUGCGGCGCACCUCCACCCUCCGCACAGCACCCAGAACAUCACAGUGUUGCCUGUCCCCUCCACAGGCAUCAUGACAGCAGCUGGUCUGGUGAUCACGACUCCUCAGGGAACUCUAGUCUCUCCAACCUCCUCUCAGUCGUUUGUGUCCGGCCAUCCGGCAACAACCAUGAUUGUUUCAGCGCUCCAUUCUUCAGACAAAAAAGAAGCGGACGGGAAUUCACAUGUGGUUGUGAUGCCAGCGCCCUCUAAACGAGGGAGAAAGAAGAAGACCACAGUGUCUCGGGUUGGUCCUCUGGGCAUGCCAGGAAAUGAAACUGUAAUACUGGCUCAUCUGACGCCAGGUGGCCAGGUGACAACUUUGCAGCAUCAUGCUAGAGAUCCAUAUGAUCUCUCAAAUGAAGACGAAGACCAUGCCUCGAAAGAUAGCACGAAAACAUACAGGUGCCGGAUGUGUGCGGCGACCUUCUUCAGUAAGUCUGACAUGCAGAUCCACUCCAAGUCGCACACAGAGGCCAAACCUCACAAGUGUCCUCACUGCGCCAAGUCAUUCGCCAACUCCAGCUACCUGGCCCAGCACAUCCGCAUCCACAGUGGGGCCAAGCCUUACACCUGCUCCUACUGCCAGAAAUCUUUCAGGCAGCUCAGUCACUUACAGCAGCACUCACGGAACCACACAGAUGCAAAGCCCCACAAGUGUCCCCAUUGUACCAAGUCAUUUGCCAACUCUAGUUACCUGGCCCAACAUAUCCGCAUCCACACCGGAGUGAAACCCUACACCUGUUCCUACUGCGAAAAGUCCUUCAGACAGCUGAGUCACCUUCAGCAGCACAGCAGGAUUCAUACUGGAGAUCGGCCAUACAAGUGCAGUCACCCAGGCUGUGAGAAAUCCUUCACGCAACUCUCAAAUUUACAGUCUCACCGGCGUCAACACAACAAAGACAAGCCUUACAAGUGCCCCAACUGCAAUAAAGGAUACAUAGAUGGAGCGAGCCUGGAGGUGCACAUGUCCACACACACUGUCAAACAUGCCCGGAUCUACUCGUGUGGUCUCUGCAACCGCACUUACACUUCAGUAAGACAAAUGUCCAUUUCUGAAGAGCAUUACUACAUGCAACACUAUGAAUCGCCUCACUGGCAUCAGACACCUGGCAGCUACUUUACACCGUGUAGUCAUGUCUCCACUGUUUCCCCUCUACCUAUCCUCCCUUCAUCUCAGGAGACGUAUCUGGUGAAACACAUGGAGAAACACAACCCAGAGCAGUUGACUGCAUCAGCAGUCAUGGCAGCACAGCCGGCACAACAGAACCAAAGCCAGGCCCAGGGCCAGGCUGGAGCUCAGAGCCGGGUAGAGAGUGCAGAUGGAGCAUCGAGCCGACCUGGAGGAGCUGGGAGUGGAGCGGCGGGCAGGGGCCAGCAAGGACAGAGCCAGAGCAACUACCCUCAGACAGAAUCCAUCUCCUGUCCGUUUGACCUCCAUCAAUACAAGACGGUGUCUGCCAACGACAUCCAGUACAAGUCAGUCAGUGUGGCGGACAUUAGUACCCACAAGGACCUCUGUCUCACUGUGUCAGCAUCCACCAUCCAAGUGGAGCACCUCAACUCUUAGAGAAGAUGAAAGGAGAGAGAGUGGGAGGUUGGCAAGCUAAAAUUUAUUCAUAAUAACAAGAGAUGGAGGAUGAAGAGUGGAAAAAUUAAAGCAAUACUAAGAUGAUGCAGAAACUUUGGAACAAAUGACUGUGCCUGAAUGAUUUUUUUGAGGCAGACAGGAGAAACAAUACCAUGACACAAUAAACUGAAGACUAUAAUUUUAGUUUUAUUUUUUUUAAGUUUUAUCUCUUUUUUUUUUCUUUCUUGCCUUGUUUGAUUUGUUUGCUUAGCUGUCCAGUCUGACGUGCAUGUGAAGGCUGCAAUAAAGUAUGUUUCUGUCCAUCACAGUGAUGGUUUUAUAAUAGGAAGCAUCUAAGAGAUACUUCACUUUACUAUUAACACCUCCUGCUCUUCCCUACAGAUACAACUUUGGCCAUCUCAAGUUAUUGACUUCCUUUUAUUGAAAUUAGUAGUUGACUAUGAAAGUAUUUUUUUAUACUUUCAUACAAAAACUUUCAGUUUUUACAUCAACAUUAUUAACUCUGCGAAGUUAUAACAACGGAUGCUUGUGAUCCUUUUUUUCUGGAAAGAAAAAAUAGCAAUCACAUAUAUAAAGUUAUAUCCUACCAGUUUAUAAAGUAUGAUUGCGUGCUUAAAGGUUAUGGUAAAACACAUAAUGUAUUUAAAUCGAUUUGCAGGCCUUCACAUAACCUUUGAGAGAGAGUGAUGAGCCUGUUCAUGUAAUCCAGUUGUACUGCUUUGUAUGUAUGUCCUCAAAGUAGUGUUAUCCAAAUGUGCUUCUGCUAUUAUACUUCCAUAGUAACAACAUUUAUAACACUUAUUCAUAGACAUAAUGACUCAUGAGAUUUUUUUCUGCUUAUAAUAAAAAUAAAACCCUCUAAGUGA